GGAGGCCCGGGCGGGCCGGCCUGGUUGUCAUGAGAGCGGCGGCCGCGGCCCGGGCGAUGGGCGCUGGCCGCCGCGGCUGCUCCUGGGCUGCCACCGCUACUGCGGCUCGGGGGUGCAGGCCGGCCCGGGGUGGCGGCGGAGGCGUUGCCUGAGGUCCGCAGAGGGUGCGGCGCUGCCGAGGGCCGGCGGAGAUCCUGGGUCUUGCGAGUGUCCUGACAGCCCGGCUCGCAGAAUGCCCCACAAGAUUGGAUUUGUCGUCGUCAGCUCAUCUGGACACGAAGACGGCUUCAGUGCCCGGGAACUGAUGAUCCACGCACCGACCGUCAGCGGGUGGAGGUCACCUAGGUUUUGCCAGUUCCCACAAGAAAUUGUUCUUCAGAUGGUGGAGCGUUGUCAAAUAAGGAAGCUGCAGCUGCUCGCACAUCAGUACAUGAUCCCCAGCAAAGUUGAGUUCUACAUCAGUGAGAGCCUGCCCGAGUACUUCACCCCGUAUCAAGCAGAGCGGUUCCGGAGGCUUGGCUAUGUGUCUCUCUGUGACAAUGAGAAGACAGGCUGCAAAGCCCGGGAACUGAAGUCGGUGUAUGUGGACGCAGUGGGGCAGUUUCUGAAGCUCAUCUUUCACCAAAACCACGUCAACAAGUACAAUGUGUAUAACCAGGUUGCUUUGGUUGCAGUAAAUAUCAUUGGAGACCCUGCAGACUUUGGCGAUGAAAGCAAUAUUACCUCCAGAGAGAAGCUGAUUGAUCACUACCUGGGGCACAAUGCCGAGGACCCAGCUCUUGAAGGAACUUGCUCUGGGAAGUCUGAUUAUAUCUCUCCACUAGACGACUUAGCCUUUGACAUGUACCAGGACCCAGAAGUGGCACAGAUCAUCCGCCGGUUAGACGAACGGAAGCGUGAGGCCGUGCAGAAGGAGCGCUAUGACUACGCCAAGAAGCUGAAACAAGCCAUCGCUGACUUGCAGAAGGUAGGGGAGCGCCUGGGCAGGUACGAGGUGGAGAAGCGUUGUGCCGUGGAGAAGGAAGACUACGACCUGGCCAAGGAGAAGAAGCAGCAGAUGGAGCGAUUCCGCAGCCGCGUGUAUGAGCAGCUGCAGCUGCACGAGCUGGUGGACGCCGAGCUGAUGAGAAGGCCUCUCGACCUGCCCCUGCAGCCCCUGGCCUGUCCCAGCAGCCCCCACCACCAGCCGCCCAUGCGCUCCCUGCCACAGCCAGAGGAAAGGGUGACAGAAAACCGGCUUACGGACCCUUUUCUUCAGGAGAAGCCUUCAUCACACUGCCUGGACGUGUCUCCUCAGCGUCCCACAGUGGACCGGCCACCUCCCGCCACUGACCCCCCUCCCAAGACCCACCCCGAUUCCCUGCCCUACGAUGAACGGCCUCUCCCCGUGACCCGCAAGCAGCUCGGGGCGGCGGUCUCCGAGGCAGAGAGGAGAGAUGUGCUCAGCGACGAGGCUCGCAGGGCGGACGCUGCAGGCGAGCCAGAGCCCCUGACGGAGAAGGCCUUGCGGGAAGCCAGCUCUGCUGUGGACGUGCUAGGAGAGGCCCUGGUGGCCGGAGCCUACUCCAAGACGUGGUCGCACCGGGAAGACGCGCUCCUCACCCUGCAUAAGCAGCUGACGGACACGCCCGUGGGGACCCCGAAAGAGGACCUGAAGAGCACGCUGAGGGCCGCCGUCUUCCUCGUCAGGAGAGCCAUCCGUGACAUCGUGACCCCAGUCUUUCAGGCAUCUUUGAAGCUGCUGAAAAUGAUAAUUACACAGUAUAUUCCUAAACACAAACUGGGCAGGCUGGAAACGGCUCACUGUGUGGAAAGGACGAUUCCUGUCUUGCUCACGAGAACUGGAGACUCUUCUGCUCGCCUCCGGCUUAUGGCUUCUAAUUUUAUUCAGGAGAUAGCCUUGUUUAAGGAAGUGAAGUCUCUCCAGGUCAUCCCAUCGUACCUGGUCCAGCCGCUGAAAGCCAGCUCCUCAACUCACCUGGCCAUGAGCCAGAUGGCACUGCUAGCGCGACUGCUGCGGGACCUGGGCACGGAGGGUGCGGGCUUCACCGUGGACAGUGUGAUGCGGUUUUCAGUGCAGGCCCUGGAGCACAGGGUGCGAGAGGUGCGUGAGGCGGCCGUGGGGAUGAUCCUGGACCUGUACGCGCAGCACCGGGCUCUCGUCCUAGAGUACCUCCCGCCCGACGACAACACCACCCGCAGGAACGUCCUCUACAAAACGAUCUUUGAGGGGUUUGCCAAAAUAGAUGGCAGACCCACAGAUGCCGAGAUGAGGGCACAGAAAAGAGCUGCUGCUGAAGAAGCGGAAAAACGAAAGAAAGAAGAAAUCAGAGCUCUGCAAGGGCAGUUGGCGGCCCUAAAGGAGAUGCAGGCCGAAGUCCAGGAAAAAAAGAGUGAAGCUAUGAAGGCCAAGAACCAGGACACUCAAGAAAGGAAAGUGGCCCCACCAAACGCUCCAGAAAUUCCAGAUAACCACUAUUUAGACAAUUUGUGUAUUUUUUGUGGGGAGAGGAGCGAGUCCUUCACAGAAGAAGGCCUGGACCUCCAUUACUGGAAGCACUGCCUCAUGCUGACGAGAUGCGAACACUGCAGACAGGUGGUGGAGAUUUCCAGCCUGACGGAGCACCUGCUGACCGAGUGUGACCAGAAGGACGGCUUUGGGAGGUGUUACCGCUGCAGCGAGGCUGUUUCAAAGGAGGAGCUGCCCAGACACGUCAAAACCAGAGACUGUAACCCCGCCAAAUCAGAGAAGUUGGCAAGCCGGUGUCCUCUGUGCCAUGAGAACUUCAGCCCCGGAGAAGAGGCGUGGAAGGCUCACCUCAUGGGCCCCGCCGGCUGCACCAGGAACCUGCGCCGGACUCAUGUGCUUCACAGGACGCCCGUGCUGCCACCGGGUGUGUCCUCGUGGGUGGCCCUGCCACCUGCGGGCUGGGUGACCGCCAUGCACGGUGCUGACCCCCUGGUAAAGGCCCAGCCGCCACCAGGGCAGGGACCUCAGGAUCCAAGGUGGGAAGCAAGAUCCCCACCCCGAAGAGGGGCCUGAGUAAAGGCUCCAGCAGGACGUACACAAAGCGGUGACAGGAUGCAGCGCCCACCUCCAGAGGGGCCGCACAGCUCCCAUGACAUGGCUGUGUCUCCUCGGAGCAUCCCUAGACGUGCUGACCCCCGCUUCGCCCCUGCUGCCCCAAGCUCCUGGCCGUGCCCGUCCCGAGUGCGGCCCUGUCUCCCAUGGCUCCGCUAUCGGGUCUCUGCCCUCCCGGCCCGGGGUCACAGAGGGAGAUGGUUCUGCAGAAAGAGCAGCACCAGGCAGGCGCAUGCAGAGCAACCUCUCCACAGACACUGGGAGUGAUUUCCAUGAAGUCCUCACUCCCUCUAAACCUCUUGCACAUGGGUCUCUCUCAGCCUGGGGGACGGUUCGCAGGGCUCACGGGGCCAGGAUGGGACAAGGUGGGCUGGUGCCUGCGAGUCCACCCUGUGCUCCUCCUCCCUGGCUGUGACUCCUCCCCUCAAGGUCAGGGAGCCAUCAGCCUGCAGAGCCUGCACGUCCACAGCAGCAUCAAGUAAGGUCAAGGUGAAGUAAGGUUGCUGCCCAGCCCCCUCAGUUCUCACCUGCAGGUGCUCUGAGCGCAGCCCACUUGACACCACCACCCCCAUGCUGGCCCCCAGCCCAAGAGGAUCGGAGGUUAAUACUGAUGGCUGCACAGCAGGCCCUUCCUCAGGGGGCUUCAAGUUCUUUACAUGCAUGAAGCCCUGAAGAUAUAUGAGACAUUCCCUGAUGCUCCUGCACUCGUGUGAGCAGGUGUCAGUCAGAAAGGCCUUUCCUUAAGCCCCUGGGGCAGAUGGAGUGACCCCCACCCUGUGUAACUUUCAGAGGAGCCUCUGAGCCUCUGCCCAGCCCAUCACACUGACCCACUGGGAUCUGAGGAAACUGGAACUGUAUAUUCUUUUCUCCAACACGUUAUACCGUACUUUAAUAAAAGCCAAGCAAAAUGAUGAAACCAAACCUCUCCUCACCAGCCCCCAACCAACCCAACCCCUGCAGCCUGUGGAAGUGGCUUGCCUGGCUCCAGAGCCAGGUAGCUGUAGGGAAAAGCCAGAGUUUGUCCAAAACGUGCUUGGAAAGGCCAUCUUCAUGUCCAGGCCUGUGGUCCCCAGGUGCCCAGCCCACUAGAGACCCAAAGAAGGUAGCCCUGCCCUUCCUGCCCGGCCGUGUGCCCAGGGGUACACCUUCCUCCUGAGUGUGUGACAGGUAGGCUUCCAGGAUGCCCACUAGAAACUCACGGAAUUGAUGAAAUUUGUACUGCACAGUUAUUGUAAGAAAUUUUAAUUCCAAACCAUGAAAACUAACAAAAUACGUAAUAAUAUUUAAAAAAAAAAAACAAAACUAUUAGCUAUUUGAGCAAGGUACUCCAAGUUAGUGACAGUGAACCUGUACUAGUCAGUCUGUAGUGAACUGAUACUUUCUCAUGUGGUUGACUCAAAAUCCUGAGCCAGAGUAAGACUGACAAAGAGAAUUACCUUCAAAAAUAUACGCUAUUAAAAAAUUUUAAAGUAUGGAGGGAGAAAUAAUGUAAAACUUUACUCGAUAGAGCAGAGUACGGAUGCCAAGGUAAUUAUAAAAUGAUUCUUCCUGAUUCAAAAAGGUGUUGCCACGACCUUCUAACCCAUUGCUGAAGUAUACAUAAAAUACUCCUUUAAAUAGAACAAGAAAAGUUAACCAAGAAAUUAUCCUUUUCUCGCCAAUCAAAACUUUUAAGAAACAUACAUAUAAUGUUUUCUGUAUAUUGUAAUGUAAAGAAGAUGUUUAUAAAAAUACUUAAUUUUUAGUGAUUGACAAAAUUAAUUGCAUUUAAAACAGGUCGAUCUUGCUGAUUACAGAAGAAUCAUGUGUUUAUGUUCAAAUGAUUCCUGGCAGUGAUCAGUGGCCAUUUAAAAGGUUUACAGAGUUAUAUGCUAUUAAGGAACCAAGAAUAAAGGAUAAAAAAGUAAAAAGGAACUGUAAGCUGCCUUGGCCAUUCAUAAAUAUCUAAACUUGGCACAGUAAUUAAUAACUGAAAUUUCAUUCAUGAAUAUGUUGUGGCUAUUUAACAAUAUUUAUUAUUUUCAUAUUUCAGAGUAUUCUAAUUUAAAAGAAUUAUCUAUAAAUUUGGCAUUAGAAUACAAAUGUAAAUACUUUUAAUGAAAAUUUGCAACUUUUUAAUGUUUUGACAUAGUUUUCUAUUUGUCUUUAUUUCAGCAAAAUUAUAAAACAUCUAAGUAAUAUAUUUUUGUUGUUGUUUCAGGGCUCAGGGUUGAAUUCACCCUGAGCAUGUGAAUAUAAUAAAAAGAUUACUAAAUGUUC